AUGUCAUUCAUAUUGAGUAUCUUAAGAGAGAUGCUGGAAUAUUUUGGUGUUCCUGUAAACCAGGUUUUGCAGAUUUGGGAAAAUAAAGACUAUGGAUCAGCUCGGAGUAUUGUUCGUAUUAUUGGGAAAAUUCUUCCUUUAGAACCUUGUCCCAGGCCUAAUUUUGAGCUGAUCCCACUCUUGAACUCUGUGGACCCAGCUAACUGUGGAUCUGUAGUUCCAUCUUUUGCUGACGUUUUGUAUGUGAUGAAUGAUGAAGAAGCCAGUUAUCUCAGAUUUCGAAAUAGUAUAUGGAAAAAUGAAGAAGAGGAGAAAAUUGCUUCUUUCCAUCCUUUGCAACUAGUUGAAGAUCCACUGACACCUGCUCUAAGGCAUAACAAACCAACAAAAAAUGAUUGGCCUGAAAGUGAAGCUGCAAUUAAAAAAAUAGCUGCCCUUGAAGAUGAGCUAGCUUUUCUUCGCUCUCAGAUUGCUGCAAUUUUGGGAAGGCAAGAACUGAGAAACAGUACAAAUUCUGGCUCCUUGGAUUUGAAGAACGACAGGCCUAGUGGUUUGGGACAAAUGCCAUCAUCAGGGACUACUCAACUGAGUGUCGAACCAGAUUCGUUUUCAAGUUCAGUGUUUCCCUCUCCUCCUCCUCCUCCACCGCCUCCUCAGGUUUCUUCUCUACAGCCUCCAUGUUCUCCUCUCGUGCAAAUAGCAUCUAAUAAUAUUUGUGCAUCAGAUAAUUCAGCAACUGAAGUGAAAAAACAGCACCCAGAUACUAGGAAAACCAAUUUUAGUCAUCAUUCAAAAAACCAGAAAAAUAAAGAUGUUCCAAACAUGUUGGAUGUUCUGAAGGAUGUGAAUAAGGUUAAGCUACGUGCCAUUGAAAGGUCCCCUGGAGGCAGACCCAUUCGUAAAAGGAAAAGACAAGACUCACCUUGGGAUCCAGUGUCUUUAAUAGCCCAUGCACUUAAGCAGAAAUUUGCAUUCCAAGAAGAAGAUUCCUUUGAGAAAGAAAAUAAUUCUUGGGAGUCUUCUCCAUUUUCUAGUCCAGAAAAUUCAAGGUUUGGACACCAUAUUUCACAGUCAGAAGGACAUUGA